UCCCCCGGGCCGGCCAGUUCCGCCGGGCGCGGCAGCAUGGCUGGGCUCGGGCCCGCCGCGCUGCCGCUGCUGCUGGGCGCGCUGCUGCUGCCCGGCCUGCCCGCGGAGCACGUCCCCGCGCUGCUGUGGUCCACGGGCAGAUCCCAGUGGAAUCCAGACCCUGCUUUGCAUGAAGGACACAUUGUCUCAGCACAAGAGCUGGCUGUACUUCUGCAACCUGUUUUUACUCCAAAUCCCAGCAACCUUGUUUUGUUCCUUCAAGAGAGGCUUAGCAUAGACGAUUUCACCUACUACAGUGAAUCCUAUGGUAACAAGAAUCCAUUUCAAAAUGUUCAGGAAAUUCUUCAGUCUUCUCCUUCAUCUUUAGUUUUGCCUGCUGUUGACUGCAAGGCUACCAGGGAUCUUUUGAACUUUCUUCAGGCAUCAGGAGAUUGGAAUUUGAAAAACUUGACAAAUCUUGAUAUCUCUCAGCUGGAAGUGAAUACAUCUAAACCAAACUUACUUGUAAUUCAGCUACAAUCACUUACCAGUGAUUUAAAUGAGAUUUCCACCCUGGAAGCAAUUGCUGAAAAUGACAAAAUAAUUGGAAGACUGACCAGGGAUCUGCAGGAACGAGGGAUUCAUUUUUCAGUAAUUUAUACUGCAGUAAGACCUUCAAGGAUUUCUAGAAAACCUGAUGUGAUGUGGAAAUUAAGACGACAGUUAAUGGCUACUGAAGAAGAAGACAAUUCAUCAUAUCCACCUCUGAAUGUGACCACUGGAAAUAAUACAUGCAUCCUUUUCUAUGCUAGUAAUUUCAGCCUUGUUGUCAAUGGUUCAGUUUUAAUAGAAUUGACAGAAGCGACAUUUGUUACCCGGAGUGUGGAUAUUUCUUCCUCUACUUGCUCAGAUGCCAACACAACACUGUCAUUAAAAUACACAAAGCCAGUGAAUGGAAUCAACAGCCUAGAGAUAAGGUUUUUAAUGACCAAUAUGUUCUAUGGAGGCUCAGCUAGAAAUUGGUUCACUUUGGAUUCAGUUGAGAUUGUACAAGAUGAAGAAAAACUUGCUAAGUAUAAUGUAUCUGUCAUCUCUGCUCCUGCAGAGUACUCAUUUCAUUGUCAGCUGGUGGGAACAAGUAGUCUCUAUCUGGCAAGGCUGAUUCCAUCCAACAUGGAAGCAAUCAACUGGGAUGUUUUCAUUUCCAGGUUCCAAAUUCAAGGAUUCAACGUGAAAAAUGGCCAGUUUUCCUAUGCCAGUGACUGUACAGGUUUCUUCAGUCCUGCAAUCUGGAUGGGUUUGGUAACAUCUAUAAUUUUACUGUGGAUCCUGACCUAUGGAAUCCAUAUGAUCAUGCAGCUCACAACAAACAGCAGAUUUGAUGAUCCCAAAGGUCCAGCUUUGUCAGUUCCUCAGACAGAAUAGCCAUGGAUUUAUUUAAUACGGCUUCAGCUUUUCCUGGGUUGAUAUUUAUGAUUUUUAUAAGCCUUCUACUUUGUGACAUGUGUAACCUAAAAAGAUGUCAUCACAGAAAAGGAUAAUCAAACGACAUACUAAAGGAUACUUAUGGUUAGCAAUAAUAAUAAUAAGUCUACUUGUUAUUAACUUUCAUUUUUUUAAUAAUGUUCAUUAUUAAGGUCUAAGGUGAGGUUGUCAAGAUUAUUACUUUAGCUAUUAAAAAGACCAGAACAAGCUGCCUUCAGAUUAAAUAUUUUUGGCAAAGAAAGAUUAUCAAAACAGAGAGAAAUGAGAAGUAUUUAUAAAUAACUAAUUCAAUAAGAAACUGAAAUAUUAUCAUACUAAGUAUGAUUAAAUGUGCCAGUGCAGAUGGAAAUAAUGUAAUUUUCUUAGCAUUCUUCCUUUGCCAGGUAUCUUUGGAGUAGUUUUGAAGGUUGUACAAAAAAUGGGAAAAAAGAUAGUGGUACUGUACUGUUUAAGUUGAACAUGUUCAUGGUCAUCUCACUGCUUCCAGAAACCUGUGUGAUUAAUUCUUUUGCAAUUAAUAAAGAUACUACAACCUCUCACUGA